AUGGGUAGUGGCUCGGCGCAACGUCCUCUAUCCGAAGUGAGUCCAGUGGCUCAGAGACGUAACUCCCCUGUGUGGAAUCAGACAACCAAGAUGAUGAGAACUAGCGACGCCUCGAACCAUGAGGUCCCGAACUCACCCCGCCUUUUCUGGCAGGGCCGCGAAUCUGGCUCCCCCUUCCAGAGGAGCUCCGAAAACCAAGCCCCCUAUGAUCCCGAUUCGCCGUACUCGGCGACUAAGCGACCAUCCCUGGAAAAUCUCAAGCGCGCAUCGCGUGUGAGAAACAGUAACAUGCUGCGUGAUCGUACUCAAGAAUAUGAUCCAGCACAUGCAUACGUUCCACAAAGACCCCUGGCGACAGGGAGAUCUCCACAGAAACCGGUCCAAAGUACAUCUGCAGCUCAAGAGACCAACAUCCAUGAUGAUCGCCAGAUAGGACCUAGACCUCCAUCGCCGAGUAAGGAUCAGGUCUCACCAGCCAAGUCUUCCCUGUCCCGCGCAAGCCGUUUUGGUGUCAAGGGCAACGGCUUCGAUCCCGAGAAUGAGAUUUGGAAUGAUUUCGAUAGCAUCGGCAAUCGCCAUCCCAAGAGUGUGACCUUCGACGCCGCGCCUCCUCAAGUCAACGAGUAUGAAAUGACAACCCCGGACCCGUCCUCAAUUGCAUCGGAGUCUGGCGAUGGUAGCUAUGACUCGGAAGAGGAUGAGAAUGAUAUCAGCUUUGACCGCGAGUCCUCCCUUGAUCGCGACGAUAGCUUCGAUGCUUCGUUGGAGGACCUUGAAAAGACACCUGUUGUGCUGCCCGAGGACUGGCGCUACAUGAGCCCGUCUACCGCCAAUGACAACCUCGUGAAGGAGGACGAAGAUCCUUUCACUGAGGAUGAUGAGUCUCACAGCCCCGGCCCGACGACUCCAUCGAAACAGGAUCUCCCUCUUCAGCAUUCUCGUGUUGAGUCACUGGAUUCGAAUGGUGAACGCCGUCCUCUGCCACCACUGCCUGGUGCAGGCCGGCAAUCCUUUACGCCUCGGCCUUCAUCUCCUGGUAAACUCGCUGCCGCAUUUGAGCUGGGAAGCGGUGGUAAGCGAGUCCUCCCCUCGCCCCCCGCCCCCGCCUCCUGCACAAAAUCGGAUAUUAGUGAAUUAAGUCGCGCCUCUAUGUCCCUAGAGGACCGGCUUCGUCUAAUGAUGAUUCGCAAGGAGCAACGGAGUGAGAAUGACCAUGAGCACGCCAAUCACGAUGAUCCUGAAACAAAGCCAUCUGAAGGGUGUGCAGAUAAUCAGGAGAUGAACAAGAAUGAGACCAACGAGGCAGAACACAGUGAUACUGAUGCGCUGGAGAUCCCCAUGCCGCGUAUCUCAAGGGACUCAAUCCUGAGGGAUCUUCGCAGGAGCGAAAGCUUCUUGGAUGAUCCUUAUGAGGACUCGUCCCAAAUCGCCUCCAGCCCUGACCACUAUAUGAAUUAUGAUCCAGAUGUCCCAAUCCCCUCACUUGAGCAUGACAACGAUGACGACGAAGAUGAUUUUGAUGACUCGAGCAGUAUCGUGAUCAAAGAAGAACAUCACGACGGCGAUCUCUAUGAUAUUCCCGAUUAUUAUGAAACUAUCCCGUCUCUCAACUCUUCUUUCAAAGAUUUGAACGUCAAGGAUACUGCGGAUGACAACCAGUUCUUCCAGCCCGACAACGACGUUACCUCUGGCAAGCGUCAUUCCGAAGGAUCAAACGAUGGACAGGCCACUCCUGUGCCCAUUGAGCGCCCUCAGGGGCCGCUCAACGGCGGUAGCUCGGAUAGCGCUCCUGAAGGACUCGACAGCAAGCAACCGUCGGCUCCCAAGAUGGCUACAAUCACUGAAUCUUUGCGACGCCCCAUGACUCCCGAAAUGGAUGACCAACAUUCAGAACCAUGUACACCGGAAUCGGUGAUCCGUCACCCUAUCGAUGAGGAAGACGACGGUGCCCUGUCCUCUUCGGACGAAAGCAUCCCGGAUCCCGUUGCCACUAUCAAAGCGCCAAAUGGACUCAAGACCCGCCCUUCGUUGACGCCGGCGGAUAUCGAAGCUAUGGCUGCAGUGCGCCGCAAAGUCAGCGGACAGCCGCCACCAUCCAUGCCAACCCUAACCAAACAGAAAUCCAACGAGUCUGAACUUUCAUCUCCCGAUGGUUCAGCAUCGGAAUCCGAGGAGAAGCCACCUCUCCUGGCGCCAUCCUCUCUGCCCGAUAAGGACCUAACCCAGAGGCAGACUAGCUUUGUGAAGCUGGAUAUCCCAUUUAGUAUUCAAGAAGAGAGUCUCGGAAUGGGACUCGAUAAGGAGUUCGACCGAGUUAUUGAAUCCCAAAAGGUGGCGUUUGAGAAAUCCCUAGCCCAGUUGUUUGCUUCCGCGUCCACUUCAAUUUCCCUGGAAUCCCACCGCUCUCAGGACUCCCAAAACCCCAUUCCUACACCUGAACCACAAGCUGACAACCCACCCCGGAAACAGAGAGGCUAUCUCAUGAGGCACAAUACCAAGGUCGUCAUUGCUAGCAAUCGCAAUGACGAGGAGACUGUCCCUACCCCAGGAGAGCCCUCCGCAGAUGCACGGUCUGUGAGAUCCCCGGCUCCUUCGCCACGCAAGGGAAGCCAACCGACAUGGAUAUCCGUACCUUGGAACGGACAACCUCGCCGUCCUAGUAUGCGAAUGUCUGGAGGGAUCCCGAAGAAGAAGCCAGUUGCAGGUCCCGUGCCACCACUCCCGGGUCAACAGAGCAAUGUUCAAGAACCGGUUGCUCCGAUUGAGGAGAACGAGCCCAUGCUGAACGGCGCCCUGGAGGACGGUGAGGAACGUGGCCGCCUCUUUGUCAAGGUCGUCGGAAUGAAAUACCUCGAUCUUCCCCUCCCCAAGGGCGAACGAUCCUACUUCGCUCUCACAUUGGAUAACGGUCUCCAUUGUGUUACCACAGCCUGGCUUGAGCUGGGGAAGACUGCUCCAAUUGGACAGGAAUUCGAGCUCAUUGUUCAAACCGACCUGGAAUUCCAGUUGACGCUCCAGAUGAAGGUUGAUGAAGAUAAGCUCAGGGUUCAAGAACCAGCCCCCACUGCAUCCCCGGCACGACAAAAGGCAUCCACAUUUAGCCGUGUCUUUGCCUCUCCACGGAAGCGAAAGGAGUUGGAAAUGAAGCAGCAACUUGUUUCUCAGCAGCAAAAAAGCAAGGAUGUCAACGCGGGUGUCUGGGAUAGACUUAGAACUCUCAUUGCCCGCGAUGGCAGCUUUGGACGCGCAUAUGUUUCGCUCAGCGACCAUGAAAAGAAUGCGUACGGUCGCCCUUACACCGUCGAUGUCGCAUGCUUCAAUGAGUGGGCAGUGGACGAACAACCAAGCAGUGUAAAGAGCAAGAAGAGCACUUCCAGCGCUGCGUCUCAGCGUCGACCUCCUUACAAGAUUGGCAAACUGGAGCUGCAGCUGUUGUUCGUUCCCAAGCCCAAGUGCGGAAAGGACGAGGACAUGCCGAAAAGCAUGAACGCAUGCAUUCGGGAGAUGCGUGAGGCUGAGGCCGCCUGCGCUCGAAGCUGGGAAGGAUACCUUUCUCAACAGGGUGGUGACUGCCCGUACUGGCGACGACGUUUCUUCAAGCUGCAAGGCUCCAAGUUGACCGCCUACCAUGAGACCACUCGCCAACCCCGUGCCACAAUCAAUUUGUCCAAGGCCGCAAAGUUGAUUGAUGACAGGUCGUCCCUAAUCCAGAAAGAGACGACCACAAGAGGCGGCGGCCGUCGUAAGUCCGCCUUUGCUGAAGAGGAGGAGGGCUACAUGUUCGUCGAAGAAGGGUUCCGAAUUCGUUUCGGCAACGGCGAAGUGAUUGAUUUCUAUGCGGACAGUGCGGCGGACAAGGAGGGGUGGAUGAAAGUCCUUGCUGACAGUGUCGGCAAGGGCUCUUCCUCUGGUAGCAGCCAAAUAAAGCCUUGGACAGAGCUCGUCCUCAAGCGUGAACGAAGCAUGAAAGCCAAGAGGGAGACCACCGACCGUAUCAUGAACGGCGUUCCUCCCCCUCCACCGCCAGUCAAGAAAGAUACUGCUCCCGCUGCGGGACAGACGGCGCCGGCGCCGGCAUCCCCGCGGCCACGGCAUAAACACACGCAGUCUCAGCCUGAAAUCCGCAAUGCGGACGUUCGACGUCAGAAGGCGCGUUCCUUGAUCUUCUAG